CCUGCGACCUCAUUGUUUUGUUGGCGAGAGCGUGAGAAAGUUUCAACAAGUGGCAAACGGUAAAGAACGAUGUUCAAAGAAUUUUGGACAGAGGGACACUUGAUACACAAUGCGUGUAUCGUAUAAAAGAAUUGCAAAAAUUAUCGUUUUAUGUCUGAUUUUUACUGCCUCCUUAGCUAUUCUUGUCAAUAAUAUGAGUAAUGUUCAGCUACAAAAUGUUGAACAUGAAAAAGUUUUGAAACAAAAUAUUGAAAAAGUAGUAGAAUUUUCAAAUAAAAAUUCUGCAUCAAAGGAUAUAUUUUUCCGCUCUCAAAGGAGUGCAAAAGGAAUAGCAACCUUUUCCGAUGGCACACUUAAGCCGCAACUACAGAAGCUUUCUCAGAUUGGUACUUCUCUUCAGGAUAUAUUUGUAAGUGUAAAGACAACUGGGAAGAACCAUAAGUCUCGGCUGUAUUUGCUGCUGGAUACUUGGAUCAGCACUGCCAAAAAACAGACAUACAUAUUCACAGACACAGAUGAUGCCGAGUUGAAACAGAAAGUUGAAGCCAACCAUGUGGUCAACACAAACUGUUCUAGAGACCAUUACAGGAAGUCACUGGUGUGUAAAAUGGCUCAAGAAUUUGACUGGUUCAUUAACUCAAAAAAGCGGUGGUUUUGUCAUGUUGAUGAUGACACAUACUUAAAUGUACCAAGACUGGUUACCCUCCUAGAGAAGUAUAACCAUACUGAUGACUGGUACUUGGGUAGACCCAGUCUGGAUCAUCCAAUAGAGGUGAUGGACAGGGCUCAUCCUGGGCAAAAUCUGGCGUUUUGGUUUGCAACAGGAGGUGCAGGGUUCUGUAUUAGUCGAGCGCUGGCGCUCAAAAUGGUUCCUUAUGCAGGUGGAGGACGGUUGAUGCGAGCUGGAGAGCAGAUCAGACUGCCAGAUGAUUGUACCAUAGGAUAUGUUAUAAAUAGUAUAUUGCGUAAAGAUUUAACUGUGAUAAAACUUUUCCAUUCACACCUAGAAGCAUUAUGGAAACUUGGUCUUCCAAAUAUCAAAGAACAAAUAAGUUUUAGUUAUGGUUUGAAACCAGGUAGAAAAAAUGUAGUGAAUAUACAUGGGUUUACUGAAGAUAAAGAUCCAACAAGGUUCUUGUCAAUUCAUUGCCACCUGUAUCCCCUCAGUCAGAUUUGUUUACCUCUCGACAGCUGACACAGAAUUUGGAAGUAGAAUAUAUAUAUGUAAGGCUUCUGCUGGUUAACCAGGAUUGGUAUGGAUGUGCUUGGUAUAACAUCAUACAGCAUACAAGACUUGGUACAGUGUUCCAGGUUCAUCAUAGACAUGGAAUUCUAUAGGGAAUCAUACAAUAUUGAUAAACAACACUAAAUUUAGUGUUCUGCAACCAGCAUGGAGAAGUAUAUACAGCAUUGUUGUACAUGACUUAAUUUAGUGUUCUGCACCCUAAAUGAAGAAGUAUAUACAGCAUUAAGGUACAUGACCAAAUCUAGUGUUCUGCACUGAAAAUGGAGAAGUAUAUACAGCAUUAAUGUACAGGACUUAAUUUGGUGUACUGAACCCUAUAUUUAUAAUGUGCAAAACUUCAUUUAGUGUGUUGAACCCUACAUUUAGAAGCAUAUACACCAUUUAUAGAUAAAAA